AACGUUUUCCUCAGGAAAGUGGAUGUGUAUCUCGUGGUGACUUAGUGCGCCAUGUUGUUGUUAGUGUGUGCAUCUUCCACUAGAGGCCGUUCUCUUGUUGCUGUUCCUAGUGCGUUUGUAAAUUCGAUUUUAUUUCCAUCUGUCUGUUAAGCAUUAAACGCCAACAAUGUCAAGCAACCAAGAGUCAUUGACUUCAAUGUCAAGCAACCAAGAGUCAUUGACUUCAAUGUCAAGCAACCAAGAGUCAUUGACUUCAAUGUCAAGCAAUCAAGAGUCAUUGACUUCAAUGUCAAGCAACCAAGAGUCAUUGACUUCAAUGUCAAGCAAUCAAGAGUCAUUGACUUCAAUGUCAAGCAACCAAGAGUCAUUGACUUCAAUGUCAAGCAAUCAAGAGUCAUUGACUUCAAUGUCAAGCAAUCAAGAGUCAUUGACUUCAAUGUCAAGCAACCAAGAGUCAUUGACUUCAAUGUCAAGCAAUCAAGAGUCAUUGACUUCAAUGUCAAGCAACCAAGAGUCAUUGACUUCAAUGUCAAGCAAUCAAGAGUCAUUGACUUCAAUGUCAAGCAAUCAAGAGUCAUUGACUUUCUUGCUGCUCGGCAAAACCGGGAUGGGCAAAAGUCUAACCGGCAACGUCAUCCUUGGAAAAACAUAUUUCAAAGAUGAUGACCAGUCUGGAUCCGUAACAGAGAAAGUUGAAAAAGCCAGUGCUGUCGUAGAUGGAAACAACCUGACCGUAAUCGACACGCCUGGAGUAAUGCACACCAACCUGAAUGUAAAUGAAGCCACGUUGAAGGUGUGUAAGGAUAUGACCGACGCCGUACUGGAGUGUCCAGAAGAUGGGAAAGUGGCUCUCAUUAUUGUCUGGAAGUAUGGAGACCGUUUCACGCAAGAACACAAAACUAUAUUAUCCAUACUGAAACAACUGUUCGGCGAGGAUAAUUUAAGCAAAUCUUGUAUUAUUCUAGUGACAUUUGGCGAUUUAUUUGAGGACAAAUAUAAGGGAAAGAAAAUAUUUGAGGACUGGGUUAAUGAACAAACCCAAGAGUUGGGUCUUUUGUUUUCCCAUGUACACCAUAGAUGCAUUUUAUUUGAUAAUGAAUCUGAAUGUUUGCAAGCCGUAGCAAGCCAACGCCAAAAAUUAAUUGACUUGGUCAAUACUUUAGACCAAGGAUACACAAAAUCGAAGUUUUCUAGUUUGAAGAAACAACACAACAGACUCAUUUUGGAAGCUAAACUUCCACAGCUGCAAUCUGAAUAUCUCGAGAGAGAGCUACGGAUAGUCAAUAGCUUUCAUGCUGUCCGUCCAGCAGCGGAGUGCAUUGAGCGGUUAUCUGAGAUACUGAGUGAAGUGGGGACAUGCUUAACAGACCUUAAUCAGAUCGACGAUCCUAAGGAUAUUUUCUACUCCGAAGGAGAGCCUCGGAUUUUCGACGUUAUACGAGCCCGUCUUGAAGACCUACAGACACAAGUAGAAAGAAAAAUCGCUUUUCAGAAAAUGGAAGACCAAAUUGAUGCGCUCCUCGAAAAAAUGAAAGGACUUAAUGACAAGAAAUUUCACGACAUAAGCAACCUAGACGAAGAACUAAGCUCACUCUCAAGCGAAGUAGAACGCAAUGAAGACUUUUAUCCUUUGCGGCCAAAAGUUGGUAUUGCCAAGGAGGUGUUACUACUAAUGAAACGAAAUAACGCCACUAUUAAGCUAAGGGCUGAACUGGAUAAGCUACUAAAAAAAGUGGAAAAUACUGAUAUCAGGACAUUUUUUUCAAAACGAACUUUUGGACCGUUAGAUACUCAGCUCUUUAAGCUUACACUCGAAACAUUGAAGGAAAAUACCACCCUAGGAACUCUUCAUGAGGUAAACGAGCAUCUGGAAGAUGUACGUAAAUGUCUUAAUUACAGAAGACAAGAUAAUUUGCAAUGGAAAGUAUUCACGUCACAAACAGCUAUUUAUGGAGCAGCAGGUCUCGCUUCUUUGGCUGUUCCUGUAAUAGCACCGAUUGCUGCAACACUUUAUGCUUUGACUGUACUAGGGCAUGCCCACGAAAUAAUAGAGAGUCGAAAUAAAAGAUUACGAUCCAAUAAGCAUCAUCCUGAUUCUGAAGACGCGCGGUCCCUACCCUGGUUUUUAAGGCGCGCACGACUAUUCACAAAAGGGUCGAAGAGAAAAUCGAAGUUCCGACUAAUUAUGGUAGCCAAGAAUUAAAGAGCUGCAUUACGAGAGCGUACUAGUUUGUACAAUUUGUAUUUUCAUCUCUUCCUUGCUUGUUGGCUCCAUCUUCAUCCUCCUUUAGCUCCAUCUUCAUCCUUCUUUAGCUUCAUCUUCAUCCUCAUUUAGCUCCAUCUUCAUGCUCCUUUAGCUCCAUCUUCAUCCUCCUUUAGCUCCAUCUUCAUCCUCCUUUAGCUCCAUCUUCAUCCUCCUUUAGCUCCAUCUUCAUCCUCCUUUGUUUCCAUCUUCAUCCUCCUUUGUCUCCAUCUUCAUCCUCCUUUAGCUCCAUCUUCAUCCUCCUUUAACUCCAUCUUCAUCCUCCUUUAGCUCCAUCUUCAUCCUCCUUUGUCUCCAUCUUCAUCCUCCUUUAGCUCCAUCUUCAUCCUCCUUUAGCUCCAUUAAGUGGGGCUGUGUGCACUAGAGCAGUGAUUCCCAAAGUUGUCUACAUAGACUUCCAAGGGGUCAACUUAAGGGAAACAAUAAAUGGGGGGGGGGGGGUUAUGAGAUUCCCAAAGUGAUCAACAUAGACUUCCAAGGGGUCAACUUAAGGGAAUAAAUAAAUGUGGGGUUUAUGAGAUGCCCAAUGGGAUCUACAAAAAUGGAUCUCAUUUACGCUGGUCGUGACUUUAAUUUUCACAUCUUGUUAAUGCAAUUAUUUCACAUACUAAUAUAUGAUUUGUACCUUAGUUAAUCCUUUACAUAUUUAUCCUGCUAAUCAAACGAAAAAUUGUUGUAUUUAAUGUCAAUACUAAUUUAAAUUAUUUAUUUGAGUCUACAUGUAACGGAUGUUUAAAAAAAAAAAGAAUUGUAGAUUUUAAAGCGUUGGUUAUUUAAAAUUGGGAUUCAUUCCUUCCUUGUCAAACAAGCGGUUAUCCAAGUGACUUUUUGUGUCGAUAUAAAACUAAUUACGCUGAAGGAUCGUUUAAUACAAUACCAACAUGAUACAACGAUAAGGGUUUGAAAACCUUUCAAAAUCUCAACGAUAAUGUUCAGAAUAGACCCACAAAACCUUUUCACAGUGAGAAGAUAGUGGCUUGUCAGCGGUUUACAAGAACUUUUUACGCAGACUUUAGAUAAAACAUUGAAUUUACCAGCUGUUGAAGUAGUUAAAAAAAUGUUUUUUGUUUAAUUUUUACACAAACGUACAUCUGAUAUUAUUAACUCUUUCUCUCCGUAAUUAUUUACCAAAUUCUGGUGGAAUCAACGCUGGUAUCGUCAGUUAGGAGAGAAAGAGUUAAAGAAUUUCUUUUAGCAACAAUACUGUUCCUGGGCACAUCUGUGGUAUGAGUUAUAACAUUAAAAGGUUCUUAUUUUAAUUCUUUGCAAACGACACAUACAGUUUGAGAUCAGCAGCGUCGAAGUCUCUGACAGAGUGUAGCUCUAUGGGAAGUAAUCUGCCUUAUUUUUUCCUCAGGGUUGACGCACGAAUCCUUUCCCAUGUUUUGGUAAAUCUGCAAAGCAGCAGAGAUUUGAAUUCUGUAUUUUUUCUGCUAGAUGGGUUGCAAGCCAAGGCUAAUGAAGAGUCCCUCCUGCCGGAAGCUAAGCUUAUUGGUUUAGGCGCCAGUUACUCGCCUUCUCCUGUCAGUAAAAAUAAUUUCGCUUGAAUAAUCAAGAAAUACACUAGAACUGCUCUUUGUGAAAACUUUUACAAAUCAAACAAUUAAUUAAUAUUUAAUGUUUGAAGGUCUACAGUCUACAUAGAACCCCAUGCAUACAACUAUGUAUCUUAAUAAUGUAGAAGUUUUUUUUUUUAAAUUCAAAUAAAAUAAUUAAUUACCAAAAAUUAAAUGACUAAAUGUUUGUUUGUUUUUUAUUGAUUCAUGUUUGGUUAGAUCAGCGGUUCUCAACCUUUUAGGCUGGGCGACCCCUUUUUACAACCCCCACUCUGCCGCGACCCCCCCCCCUUCCCCAGCACACACACACACACAGCUAUAAAAGAAUAAACAAAAACAAUCCAUUUUUUCGAUGGUCUUAGGCGACCCCUGGGAAAUCGUCAAUCGACCCCCAAAGAGGUCCGACCUACAGGUUGAGAACCUCUGGGUUAGAUCCAGUAAAAUAAUUUCCGCUUGAUCUGAGAAUGGGUGUGGGAGAAAAAAACGAGUAGAGUUAUUUAAGGGGACAAAACCCGGACAUAUUAAAAUAUGCUUGAAUACUGUAGGCCUCGUGUUCCUUGUUGGUAUCAAAGGAAAUAAUUAAUAACCAGUAAUUAAUGGA